AUGUUGAACGUUCAAAUGAAGGUUGUGGACGAGUGUUCGCUGGGUACCCACACCUGUGACCCGAAUGCUGACUGUGUCGACACACCCGAGGGCUACACAUGUCGAUGCAAGACCGGAUGGAAGGAUUCCAGUCGGGACCCGCUCAGAAGUCCAGGCCGAGUCUGUAGGAAAGAACGAGACGGACUGUACGCCUUUUCAAGGGCGAGGCUAAGAAGGCAUGCUUCCCGUCUCUUAUCUGGACGGGAUGAAGUGAUCAGCGAAGGCGCAAAGGUCUACCACUCGGGCGAGGACGUCACCACAACGGUUUGUGUGUUCGUGCAUGGUACCUACAAAUGCCGCUGUGCUUCUGGCUAUUCUCGCCUGCCGGACGGUCGAUGUCUGGCCAUCAAUGAAUGCGAGCAUCAACGCCUGAACACCUGUGGUCAAAACGCCGAAUGCAUCGACCUGGCAGAGGGCUACACCUGUCAGUGUCGGUCAGGAUUUGCCGACGUUUCUCCAGCAGGACAACCUGGUCGUCUUUGCAAAGCGCGCAUCAACGAAUGCUCCAACAAGGAAAAAUACCGCGUUGACUGCGACGAGAACGCGAUUUGUGUCGACACCGACGAUUCGUUCACCUGCCAGUGCCGUCCAGGAUUCGCUGACAUCUCGGCUGCUUUCAACCGACUGCCUGGUCGACGAUGUAUCGAAGCAAUUAAUGAGUGCUCCAUCAAGGGUCUUAACGACUGCUCCGAAUUCGCGCUUUGCGAAGACGCCAAGGAAGGGUACGUGUGCUCAUGUCGUAACGGCUACGUUGAUGCAUCACCAAACGCAACCCAUUACCCAGGGCGGGUUUGUCGCAAACCCAUUGAGAGAUUGACGGUGACCGAGUUCACAAGUUCUUUCUCACAUGAUUCCUGUGAUCCAAAAAAACCACGCUGCGGUACGAAUGAGAUCUGCACCGAUCGAGGUCAACGAGGGCAUCACUCCUGCCAAUGCGCGGACAAUGCGUUCCGAUACGAAGACGGCACUUGUCGAGUGUACUCGGCUUGCUCACGGAACACGGACUGCGAUCCGAACGCCGUCUGCCUGAACGUCUUCGACUCGUACAGUUGUCAAUGUCGACCUGGCUACAUCGAUAUGUCACCGGAUCCGGAGCGACGACCGGGAAGACGUUGCAAAGAACUGGUGAACGAAUGUGCCACGACGAACAACGAGUGCUCACCGUACGCCAAGUGCAUCGACCUCACCGAGGGCUACGCGUGCCAGUGUCUCGAGGGCUAUGUGGACAUCUCCUCAAAGCACAAGCUUCCUCCUGGUCGAAGAUGCUCACAGUCAUCUGAACACUUUGUGACGACAACGCGGACUGUGUUGAUACUCAGGAUGGCUACACCUGCCAGCCAAGUCAAAUGCCCCGUUUUGCAGUGCUUCGCCGGUUUCAUUGAUGUCUCGUCCAACGCGAAUCUGCCGCCUGGCCGGGUGUGCACGGUACAAACAACUUGUCCAAAACAGAAGACCGACUUGGUCUUCCUGAUCGAUGGCUCAGGAUCAAUCGGUUCCUAUGUGUUCAAAAAUGAGGUGCUGCGAUUCGUGAGAGAAUUCGUUGAACUCUUCGAAAUUGGGCUGGAUCAGACUAGAGUCGCCCUUAUUCAAUACUCGGAUCAAAUCCGCCAUGAAUUCGACUUGGACCAGUACACUGACAAGGCCGCCGUUCUUCGAGCAAUCACUGAAACACAGUAUCUCACGGGACUAACUCGAACCGGUGCCGCUAUUCAGCACAUGGUUCAAGAAGGUUUCAGUGAACGACGAGGAGCGCGACCUCAAGCUCCCGACAUCGCCAGCGUUCGAUCGUUCUCACCGACUGCCGACUUGGACACACGCCUACGUUCGAUGAUUCAAAAAGCGGCAUGUCCUACUCCAGUGAAAACCGAAUCUCCACCUCAAGGCACGUGCAAUCCCCGGACGCAGACCGGGUGCGAUCGGUCGCUCAACGAAUACUGCGCUGAGGAAAACGGACGGACCCACUGCAUCUGCCCAGCCGGAUUCCAUCGUCAUCCGACCACUCGUGUAUGUGGAGGAUCGCUGUGCAAUCCACAACUUAUCACGUCAUGUGUCUAUCCAGAGGAGUGUCUGAUCACCCCCUAUAACAACUACCGUUGCGCCUGCCCAGAUGGCUACUCUAGAGACUACAGAACUGGAUUCUGUGUGUCAGUGAAAGAGGUUCACGUCUUCCCACAGCACGACGCCGAUUGUCACAACGGUGGUCAACGAUGUGGUCAGAACGAGUACUGCGCCAGUGACCGAACUGGGCACUGGUAUUGCGAGUGCAAGACUGGGUUCGAACGUAGCCACGCCGAUGGGAAGUGCAGCUAUCCAGGUUCUUGUCUCCCGAAUGUACCGAAUUCUUGCGACAUCCGAAAGAAAGAAAAGUGUCUUCCUCACGGGUCGUUCUACACCUGCCAAUGCGACAGCAAACAGAGGAGGCAUCCCGUCACGGGAAUUUGCUUGACUAAUGAAUGUGAGUUGGGAACGCAUGACUGCGAUCGUUCUGCUCGUUGCAUCGACACCGACGACGGCUUCCUCUGCGCUUGUCCUGCUGGAUUCAUUGAUCGAUCCCCGGACACGAUCUCCAGACCUGGGAGACUAUGCGUUGCCGAGCAGAAUGAGUGCCUCGACGGUAGCAAC